AUGGCAUCAAAAGUUGUUAUUGUUACCGGUGCUAGCCGGGGCAUUGGAUUGGCAGUGGCCCAGUAUCUCCUACAGGCCAGCCACAAAGUAGUUCUGGUUGCAAGAACCGAAGACAAUAUUCUGAAGCUCAAAGACCAAUAUCCCAAUCAGGUUGCAUUUUGCAAGGCAGAUCUGGGAACAAAAGAGCCUGCAACCUCCCUUAUCACUGAAGCUGCAGUCAAGACAUUUGGAAAGCUGGAUGGACUUGUAUUGAACCAUGGUACCUUGGAGCCUCUAGGCCGCCUUGAAAACGCAAAACUCGACGAAUGGGUGCAGGCAUACAACACUAAUUUGUUCAGUUGUCUCUCCCUGAUCAAAGACGCCAUCCCCCAUCUUCGUGAGACCAAGGGCCGCAUUGUCUUCACUUCGUCGGGAGCUGCCUUGAAGGGUUACUCUUCAUGGGGCGCAUACGGAUCUUCCAAAGCCGCGCUGCACUCAUUAUGCCAACAUGUCUCAGUUGAGGAGCCAGACAUUGUCUCCGUCUCGGUGGGACCUGGUCGCGUUGAUACCGAUAUGCAAAAACUCAUCCGCGAGUCCGGAAAGGGUGUCAUGGCAGACAAGGACUAUGCAGGCUUUCAAACAGCGUUUGAACAGGGCCGUCUCAACAAGCCUGAGUGGCCAGCACAGGUCAUGGCCCGACUUGUCUUAGAGGCAAAGCCUGAACUAAGCGGAAAAUACGCAACUUGGGAUUCCGAGACCUGCGCGCCUUACCGUGAUUGA